AGAGGAAAGAGAGCACACGCAGGGGGAGCAGCGAGAGGAGAGGGAGAAGGAGGCUCUCCACUGAGCAGGGAGCCCGAUGUGGGGCUCAAUUCCAGGACCCUGGGAUCAAGACCUGAGCUGAAGGCAGACACCUAAUGACUGAGACAACCAGGUCCUGCCUUUCAUCCCAGGCCCUUGCUGAGUCAUUUCAUUGUGUUAAAAAUGUCAUUUUUGAAGGACUUCGGUGUGAAAACGGAGUCUGAAGACCUGGGAAGAGAUGAGCCCCAGUGCUGCUCAGAAGACUUCACCAGAAGCCUCUCGGAGCCAAACAUGAACCUCCCCACAAUGAGUUCUCCCUAUUCACUGAGUCAACCUCAUACUGGGGAGGUAUCCGACUUGAAUCAGCAGGUGUGGGUCCUUCAGGGUCAGACCAUUGUGACAGUUCCACGGAGUAACAGUGUGAUCCCAGUAACUGUCACUAUUGUCCCAUGCAAGUAUCCAGAAUCACUGGAGCAAGGCAGAGGCGUUCCCAUUUACUUGGGAAUAGAGAAUCCAGAAAUGUGUCUGUCUUGUGAGGACAUUGAAGGGCAGCCCACCUUGCAACUGAAGGAGGAGAAGAUCUUGCGUCUGUACAAUGAAGUGGAGCCCGUGGAUCCCUUCCUCUUCUACCGCUUAGAGAUUUACAGUACUUCUACCUUUGAGUCUGUGGCCUUCCCUGGCUGGUUCAUUGCCUCCUCUGACAAAGGCCACCCCAUCUUCCUCACUUCACACCAGGGGGAAAAUAAUGUUAACUUCAAUUUAAGUAUCAAUGCUUGAACUCAGGCUGGAGGGGAUAUCUUGGUCAGAAAUAUUUGUAUUAAAUUUUGUAGUUACCAGCAUGCUUUCCUCUAUACUGUCUCCGUGUCAUUUCACAUCAAUGCUCAGAGGUGGGCAGGACCCUGUUAUCACCGUAUUUUAUGAAUGACUUCAUGACAACUGAGGCAUAGAAUGUGGGCUCAGACAUAGAAGGGAGGGGUGAUGAAAGGUUCUCCUCUCAGGCUGAAGCUGUUCAUCCCACAGCCAUCCCACAGUGUGAGUAUGAGGAUGUUUGGACCCAAAGACAUUAGGGCAUUCCCUGGGGGUGGAUAUGGAGAAGGUUGGAGCUCAUGAAUCUUACCCAGAAUUGGGUAACUAGCACGGAACUGAUUGUUUUUUGUUUUGUUUUGUUUCCUUUCCUAUUUGGAUUACAUUUUCCAUAUAGUUUGUAUA